GUGCAUUUACUUCCGUUACGCUUAAGCGGCUGCUAACAGAACAUGUCUGAAAAAAACAUGGAGGAGAAAGUUGCUACAAACAGUAAAAAUGUGUCUCUGCCUAUGUCGAGGGUGCGAUUAAUCAUGAAAAGUUCUCCUGAUGUGUCUUGUAUUAACCAGGACGCUCUUUUCUUGACAACAAAAGCAACGGAGCUUUUUGUCCAGCACUUGGCUUUGUCCUCAUAUAAAAAUGGUUCAGGUAAAGACACAAACACAUUGUCAUACAGUGAUCUGGCCAAUGCAGCAGAGGAGACGGAAACAUUUCAGUUUUUAACUGAUAUCCUUCCUAAGAAAAUCUUGGCCAGAGACUAUCUGAAGUCACUGGAAGAAAUGGAAAAAGACGAUGACAACCUGUAGUGAUAUAUAGCCAGUCGGAGGAAAUCACUGUGAACUGGUCCUGACCACUUCCUCACUAAAACAGCUGAUAAAAAUCAUAGGACAUUAUCUUACAAACCAGGACAUUUCACCCAAAGAGUUGUACUUCUACACCUCUGUUGUUUCAGAGAAGUAAUGUACAUGUUUUUACUUAGUAGCCUGUAUGUUUUAGCACCCACUUACACUAUGCUGUGUGUCAAAAUAUCCAGCAGCCACUGCAGAUUCACAACUGAAGCACUGUGAGAACCAGAAACCAGGAUAUAUGGUGCUUUGUCAUGCAUAGUUGGUGUUUUAUUACGGUGCGACACCAUGAUUUGUAUGUUUUGGGACGUUCCAAACAUCUAUACAGUCCAUUCCAUUCAAU